AUGGCUUCAAAGCUUUCCUUGAUAUCAUUCCUUAGCCUUAUAGUCCUUGUGCUGUCAUUUUCUUCUUGUUUGGCAUUCAAAGAAAAGAAACUUGUCUUCUAUUUGCAUGACAUUUUGAGUGGACAGAACGUUACAGGCGUUGUAGUGGGUGGAGUGAAGGGAUUAUCUUCAAGUCCAUUGAACUUUGGAACGGUAAUUGUUAUAGAUGAUCUUGUUACUGAAGGUCCAAAGCCUUCCUCCAAGGCUAUAGCAAGGGCCAAAGGAUUGUAUGCCAAUUCAGAUCUGAAGGGCACUAAUUUUGAUCUGCAAUUCUCUGUGGUGUUUGAGAAUCAGAAAUAUAAUGGUAGCACCCUUGAGAUCCAGGGAGCAGAUAGAUAUCUUCAGAAGAAAAGAGAGGUUUCUGUUGUUGGAGGGACAGGACACUUCAGAUAUGCUCGUGGGUAUGCUAUAAUUGAAACUGUUCUGUUUGAAGGUGUCAAUGCUAUUUUGAAAUUUAGUGUAAAUAUACGAUUAGAGUAGGCAAGGUAUAGUCAUUGGAUGUUUUUGCCUAUUAGUUUACAAA